AUGCGUGGGGUUCAUCAGCUGGUCUUGAUCUUCUUGAGCUUAUCUCUGUUCAUGGCAACUGAAGCUAAACGCAAAUCUAAACAGGAAGACUAUGUCAGCGUGAUGUCAGAUGAAGAUGUUAAUUAUGACGAAGAGAUUGAAAAUGAAGAAGAGCUGGAACCAUGCCAGUGUGGUGUGUUUCUAUCGCAGCAGGUAGGAUUGAAAGAAGGCAGGCGUAGCAGGCCGCGUGGACCUCCACAAGGCGAGCCGGUAGUAACUUAUGAUACUGACUCGCCAAGUCUUCCUUGUGGCAGCGGUUUGAGGAAUUGCAUAUCACGGUGUCUUGAUGUGAUCUUGAAUUAUCUUCCCCGUGCCGGCCCAGUGAUCUGCGGUGCCGUAGAACGUGAUGUCGACAGAGAAAAGGCGUUCCUGUUUAUACGCAAUUGCGGUGGAGAAUGGACACCCACCAGCUUUUCGGCCGGCAAAGAGUUUUGUUGCACUAAUGGAGAACACCAUAAAUGCUGA